AUGGAUGCUUCUCGCAUUCUGAUGUCAAGACAAAUUAAAAAAUUUUUUGGUCUUAGUGGCGGAUACUCUAGUGCUUUCCGCAGACAAUUUGAUGCUACCUGUUAUGGGAAAAAGAGAAAAUCCUUGAUAAGUUGUCACAUUCUGCCAGCAACUAGUUGGAAUUCCUUUCGUCAGUUCGGAAGCAUCAAUAGUUCAAGAAUAACUUUGGUUAGCAAAAGGAACAUCCUCACAAAUCCCCUCAUUCUCACUUCUGCCAACACAAAAUUUUUGAAUUUAUCAAAUAUUUCUCGCGAUUUUCACGAAUCACGUCCUUGCGACGUGGUUGUCCCAUAUUUGCUUGCAGAUAUUGGAGAAGGUAUAACUGAAUGUGAAAUUGUGCAAUGGCACAUUAAAUUGGGUGAUCAAAUUUCAGAAUUUGAUAAAAUUUGCGAUGUACAAUCAGAUAAAGCCUCCGUCGAAAUUACCUCACGUUACACUGGAACUGUCAAAAAAUUACACUAUCAAGUUGGGGAAAUGGCCAAAGUAGGAAAACCAAUAAUUGACGUCGAAGUCGAAGCCGAAGCCGAAAAUGUAUUAGAAUUCACUGAAUCAGAGAAUAAGGGGAAUGAUGUCAUCUUUCCUACAACAUCACAAGCGCAGGAUCCCAAAAUUUCUGAGCUUAAUUCAAUUGAUGAAAGGAAUUCCUUCUUGGCUACGCCUGCUGUCAGGCGCAUUGCACGUGAACAUAAUGUUGAUAUUAAAAAAGUUAAGGGAACCGGGAAAAAUGGCCGAGUGGUGAAAGAGGAUGUGUUGAACUACGUAAAUAAUCUCAUGCAUUCAGAAACAAAAGGUUUUUUACCACCAGUGCCACAGUUUACCGAUGUCAAAAUUGUACCACUGUCAAACAUCCAAAAAUCAAUGUUUAAGAAUAUGACAAGAUCCCUUCAGAUUCCUCAUUUUGGAUACUGUGAUGAGUUUCUGUUGGACAAUUCUAUCGCAUUCCGUAACUCAAUUAACGAAUUCCUUGCUCGAACCGACCAGUUCUCGGUCAAAAAAAUAUCAUUUAUGCCAAUUUUUGUUAAAUCACUUUCCGUAGCUUUACAGCAAUUCCCGAUCCUUAAUGCAUGUAUCGUUGAUGGAAAUGAUCCUGAUACCGUAAAGAUAAAAUAUCGUACAUCACAUAAUAUUGGGAUUGCAAUGGACACUCCCAACGGAUUAUUGGUACCAAACUUAAAAAAUGUACAGACAAAAUCGAUUCUCGAUAUUGCAUGUGAUUUGCAACGUUUACAGGAAGCUGCGAAAAAGAAUACCAUUUCUAUUGCAGAUUUCCAGGAAGGAACGAUAACAUUAUCAAAUAUAGGAAUUAUCGGAGGGACGUAUCUUUCUCCGGUUGCUGUUACUUCCGAAUUGUGUAUUGUAGCAGUUGGAAAAAUCCAGAGAUUACCAAGAUUUGAGACAUUUAAAGAUGAAACAACUGGAAAGAUCAUGGAAAAUGUGGUUCCCAAACACAUUAUGCCUGUCAGCUUUUCUGCAGACCAUCGUGUGAUAGAUGGGGCCACUGUUGCCAGGUUUUCAGAAGUGUGGAGAACCCUUUUAGAAAACCCUGCAUUAUUAUCAGCAGAAUUGCGAUGA